CUACUAUCGCCGCAGAACUCCAACACAUUGACUGUCAAACAAUCCGACCCCAACCCCAGCGCAACAAUGGCGCCGCGCGGAGCACUUACAAACCUCUCCUUCACGGUCGACUCUGCCUCCGAAGACGAAACGCGCGACGAGCUGGACGCGUUUCCCACACCCGACUCCAACACCGAGAACAAGGCGCCGACGCGCAAACCACGCGGAAAAGCAGCGCAAAUGACGAAGGCACCCCCGGCGAAGAAGGCGACCGCGAAAUCGAAGACAACGGCGCGUCGGGCGAGCGGAAACGGCGUGCUUGGUGUCAAGACGCAGGGCGCGGGUGUCGCGAAGAAAGCAGGCGCUAAGAGCGGUCGCAAAGUGCUGGCGGAGCGAGAGGAUGCAAAUGGCAACGAUACUGAGGAGGUGGACGAGUUUGACCGCGACGAUGAGGUCGCUGUACCAGCACUAGAAGUCAAGAUGACAAGGCGGGGCCGACCACCGAAAGCAUCAAAGGCGCAAGAGGCAGUAGAGGAGGAGCCUGCACCCGCGAAGAAGACGCGUAAAGCGGUAGAUAAGGCGCCUGCUGCGAAGAAGGAUGCUAAGACGAAGGCGACCGCGAAGUCACGGACGACGAGACGCGCACCCGAACCUGAACCGGAGCCUGAGGCCUUCAUGAUCCCAGAGACACAGCCAGAACAGGAGUCUGAUCCAAUGGAUGUCGAGCCGUCAAUAGAGAUGGACGAGAUACCGGAGAGUAUGCCUCCCCCUCCGCGCCCAUCAGCACGUAGGACCCAGCAGCAGCCCCGUACAGCACGCCAGACCUCAGCUGGCCCACGACGAGCAGGAAGCGUGUCAGAUACAGAGCGGGAUCCCGCUUUGCGACGGAAAGUGGGCGAGCUCACCAAGAAGCUCGAAGCUAUGACGACCAAAUAUGAGACGCUGAAGGACGCCGCUUCGUCGGGCAAGGAGUCCAAGUUCGACCAGCUCAAGAAGAGGACUGAGCAAGCGGCCAAGGACCAGGAUGCCGUUAUCAAGGCGCUGAAGCAGCAAAUAUCUGAGAUGCAGUCCCGUUCCUCAGAAAUCUUUGCAAUGAAGAAAGAAUUGGUCAAGGUCGAGAAGGAGAAUGCGCGUCUGGUUUCCGAGAACAAGAAGCUCACCGACUCUCUGAGCUCGGCGCAGAAUGAGAGCAAAAUGCUGUCGAACAAGCUGGCAGCUGCUCGAUCCUCCGCAGCACCGGAGAACAAGAACGUCCCAGGAAGCGCCGUCAAGUCUCGAUCUACCGGCGUUGUUCUGCCAGGUACAGCAGAAGUGGCAAAGGAAGCUCAGUUCCAGAAGCAGAAGGUCGAGCUCUACAGCGAUCUCACCAACCUCGUUGUUCUGGGCAUGAAGAAGAACGAGGACGACGAGGAUGUCUACGAUUGCUUGCAGGCCGGGCGUAACGGGACUUUACACUUCCAUCUCACCGUCACUGCUGGCGGCGAAUCAUAUGAGGAGACCGAGUUCGUCUACAACCCGCUGUUGAACGAGCAGCGCGAUAGGGAGCUCAUUGAGUUGCUGCCGGAUUACCUCACCGAGGAGAUCUGCUUCCCCCGGGCGCAGGCUCCGAAGUUUUACACCAAGGUCGUGGACUCUAUGUCGAAGAAGAUUAUUCUAGAGGACGAGUAAGCGAUUACGAGCUUUUGGAGUUUGUUGCGUAGUCUACAGGAACACGGUUGGGCUUGGGCUUAGGCUGGCGUGGAUAAAUGCCCGUGGAUAAAUGCCAGAGGAUUGUCUCUUAAGGGCUUGGGCUGGAUGUGUUAUGAUGGGCUGAUACUUGGAGUUUCGGCGCAUCUUGGCCAGCCUUGCGCGUUGUGUGCGUUCCGGGGAUCUUGGGCGGGGAUAUUGGUGGAUACGGUACUUGCAUAAUUGAACAGCAUUGAAUUUC